AUGCAUGUGUAUAAGCAUGAGUACAAGCACAAGCAUCAGCCUCGGGCAAACCGAGCGAGUUCCAACCUGACUCUCAGUCCCACCAAAGGAUGGGCGACCACCACCUUGCCCCCUACCUUACAGAGCCCAAUGUCAGUGUCUUACGCCUUCUACCCGCCUGCCUGGGCUCUCUCACACCCUGUGUCUGGCCUCUGGCACCUGGACCUUCUGCGUGCACCUGGUAACCUGGCCCGGCAAGCGUCCAAAGUCACCACCGCCAACCGCCGGAACCAACCCCCCCACCGGCCCGCCGACAGACACCACCCCGACAGACCCCCCACGCAGCCCGCCGACAGACACCACCCCGACAAACCCCCCACGCAGCCCGCCGACAGACACCACCCCGACAAACCCCCCACGCAGCCCGCCGACAGACAACACCCCGACAAACCCCCCACCGGCCCGCCGACAGACACCACCCCAACAACCCCCCCCCGGCCCGCCGACAGACACCACCCCGACAAACCCCCGCACGCAGCCCGCCGACAAACACCACCCCGACAAACCCCCCACGCAGCCCGCCGACAGACACCACCCCGACAAACCCCCCACCUGUCCGGCGACAGACAACACCCCGACAAACCCCCCACGCAGCCCGCCGACAGACACCACCCCGACAAACCCCCCACCGGCCCGCCGACAGACACCACCCGACAAACCCCCCACGCAGCCCGCCGACAGACACCACCCCGACAAACCCCCCACGCAGAACGCCGACAGACACCACCCCGACAAACCCCCCCCCCCACGCAGCCCGCCGACAGACACCACCCCGACAAACCCCCCACGCAGCCCGCCGACAGACACUACCCCGACAAACCCCCCACGCAGCCCGCCGACAGACACCACCCCGACAAACCCCCCACGCAGCCCGCCGACAGACACUACCCCGACAACCCCCCCACGCAGCCCGCCGACAGACACCACCCCGACAAACCCCCCACGCAGCCCACCGACAGACACCACCCCGACAAACCCCCCACGCAGCCCACCGACAGACACCACCCCGACAAACCCCCCACGCAGCCCGCCGACAGACACUACCCCGACAAACCCCCCACGCAGCCCGCCGACAGACACCACCCCGACAAACCCCCCACGCAGCCCGCCGACAGACACCACCCCGACAAACCCCCCACGCAGCCUGCCGACAGACACCACCCCGACAAACCCCCGCACGCAGCCCGCCGACAGACACCACCCGACAAACCCCCCACGCAGCCCGCCGACAGACACCACCCCGACAAACCCCCCACGCAGCCCGCCGACAGACACUACCCCGACAAACCCCCCACGCAGCCCGCCGACAGACACCACCCCGACAAACCCCCCACGCAGCCCGCCGACAGACACUACCCCGACAACCCCCCCACGCAGCCCGCCGACAGACACCACCCCGACAAACCCCCCACGCAGCCCACCGACAGACACCACCCCGACAAACCCCCCACGCAGCCCACCGACAGACACCACCCCGACAAACCCCCCACGCAGCCCGCCGACAGACACUACCCCGACAAACCCCCCACGCAGCCCGCCGACAGACACCACCCCGACAAACCCCCCACGCAGCCCGCCGACAGACACCACCCCGACAAACCCCCCACGCAGCCUGCCGACAGACACCACCCCGACAAACCCCCGCACGCAGCCCGCCGACAGACACCACCCGACAAACCCCCCACGCAGCCCGCCGACAGACACCACCCCGACAAACCCCCCACGCAGAACGCCGACAGACACACCCCGACAAACCCCCCACGCAGCCCGCCGACAGACACCACCCCGACAAACCCCCCACGCAGCCCCUUGCGAGACCACGCACGAGAGACGGUCCGCUCAACGAACUUCCAAUGGUGGCGAGAGGAGGGCAAAGGAGCGACUGCUCCCCCAGCCGCGGCUCAAGCCCCACUUCGUACCCCAGCCCGAUCGACCCAGCCCUUAGAUCCAAUCCUUAUCCCAAAGUUACGGAUCUGA